AUGCGGCGCUAUGCUUUGCCACGCAGAGCCAUGGUAGUCGUCAACUCGGUGCUGAAGCUGCUGCAGAGGCAGACCUACACCUGCCUGUCCCACCGGUAUGGACUCUACCUCUGCUUCGGGGGGAUCGUCCUCAUGAUAGUUUCUGCUUUCCAGUUUGGAGAGGUGGUGGUGGAGUGGAGUCGGGACCAGUAUCAUGUGCUGUUUGACUCCUACAGAGACAAUGUGGGUGGGAAGUCAUUCCAAAGCAGGCUCUGUCUGCCUAUGCCUAUUGAUGUGGUUUAUACAUGGGUGAACGGCACAGACACGGCUCUGCUGAAGGAGCUGAAGGCGGUCAAAGAGCAACUGGAGGAGGAACAAAGAGCCCUGAGGGAACGCCUUGGGAAAAAUGUGAGCGAGACAACUGAAUUGCCAAAAGACAGUGUGAAGCCAGAAUGCCUGCUGUCCCACUGCAUCAUAGCGCCCAUGCUGGCACUGGAUCCCGCUCUGCCAGCCAACGUUACAGUCAAAGAGCUGCCGUCGCUCUCUCCCUCCUUCUCCACGGCCAAGGAGCUGCUGCUGAUGAACAGACCCUUCCACCCUUCCACCACCGUCUCUGUGGUCGUCUUCCAUUCGCAGGCGGACGCUGAAAAAGCCUAUACAGAUGUGUCCAGAGAAGACCAAAAAUUCUCAGUGUCCAGAUGUUACCUGACGACAGACAAAGAGGCUCCGGGCCUGAUCCGCAUGCAGGCUCUGGCUUAUCUGAGCGGCUUCCCGGCAUCCUACAAGGAAACGGAGCAGUUGAGAGUCAAACUACCAUCCGUCAUAACCAAUAAGAUCAAACAGUUUGAGUUGUACUCGGAGGCCAGCAUCGCCCUGCUCCACCUUAAUAGCCCGCAGGACUUCACUGAUCUGACCCAGCAGGCUAAAAAGAACCUGACGCUGGAUGGGAAAGAGUUAACCAUCAGCCCUGGCUACUUGUUCUGGGACCUCACUGCCAUCUCACAGUCCAAACAGGAUGAAGACGUCUCAGCCAGCCGAUUCGAGGACAACGAGGAGCUCCGUUACUCGCUGCGCUCAGUGGAGAGACACGCCCCCUGGGUGCGACACAUCUUCAUCGUCACUAACGGGCAGAUUCCCUCCUGGCUCAACCUGGAUAACCCUCGUGUUACAGUUGUCACACAUCAGGACAUCUUCCUCAACAACAGCCAACUCCCCACCUUCAGCUCCCCUGCAAUAGAGACCCACAUCCACCGAAUCCCGGGGCUCUCCCAGAAGUUUAUUUACCUCAAUGAUGACGUCAUGUUUGGCAAAGAUGUCUGGCCGGAUGAUUUCUACAGCCACUCGAAAGGACAGAAGGUGUAUCUCACCUGGCCCGUUCCCAACUGUGCUGAGGGCUGCCCAGGAUCCUGGAUUAAAGAUGGCUACUGUGACAAGGCUUGCAACAACUCUGCCUGUGACUGGGAUGGAGGAGACUGCACCGGUGCAGCGGGGAACAGUCGGUUCGCAGCUGCUGGUGCUGGUGGGGCCGGUGGAGCUGGUGGACAGGUGUGGCAGUUUGGAGGUGGUCUAGGUGGACUCGGGGGGACGUCCUACUGUAAUCAAGGCUGUGCCAACUCCUGGCUGGCAGACAAGUUCUGUGACCAAGCCUGCAAUGUACUAUCCUGUGGUUAUGACGUGGGCGACUGUGGCCAAGAGCACUUUGGUGAGCUGUACCAUGUGACCCUGCUGAGGAAUCAGAGCCUGUACACCCUCCCAGUAGGGGAAGUCAGGCCAUAUUUCAGCUUUGACAGGCUGGCUCGAAGAGUCUCUGAGGCCCAAGUCAGCGACAACCCGGUGGUGCGCCACACCUCCGUCGCCAACAAGUGGAAGACCAUUCACCUGCUGCUCCAUUCUGGUUUCAAUAUGACCCACGUCCAGUACAACUUGACUUUCCAGAAAGAAGACAACUCAGAGUUUACGAUGACGUUGACCGUAGUUGUCGACACGCGUGAGGUUCCUCAGGUUAACGUGUCGCAGACUGCAAGCAAAGACGGCAGCAAAGAGCCGAAGCCGACCCCGACACCAGAGCCACCGUUCCCUUUUUCAGAUGUUCCUGAGGACAAAAGGAGUCCUAAGAUCCAGAGGAGGCCGCCUGGCGAACUUGAGGUUGUCGUAGAAGUUCCAGCACUGAAUGUGUCGCUUUUACCGGCUGCUGUGCACACUGAGCUUCAGAAGCUGGAGGAAAAACUUCUCGUUGGGGACAUUACUAUGAAGGGUUACAAUCUCACUAAGGCCGAACUGCUGAGACCUUACAAGAAAAUGGUAUUAACAAAGAACAGAGAUUCACAACAAGCCAAAGAGGGUGCAGCCAAAGUCCAAAGGAAACCGUAUAAAGACUUGGAAGGAGAGCAGUUGGAGAAAAAACACAACAAGGAUGAUAAAGCUGAAAAUAUACAGAAAAAUGUACACUCCAACAAAGAAAUAUCCAGAAAAGAUGUGGCUGUGCAAGAUAAACCUGCUGCUACUCCUUUUAUUCCAGUCCGUGUUGAUGAUAAGCAGCCCAAAGAGUUUGUAUCUCCUAAACCUUAUCCUCUGAAGGCUGUGAUUGAGAGGCCUUUAACCUCCAAGCUGCUAAACAGCCUUUCCAAAAUCAAGAGUGCAGAGGAUCAGGCAGAGCAGGCCAACGCUUUAGGAGGAGCUCCAGUGGGGAGGAGACUCCAACACUUCGUCUCCUCUGACAGAGGCUUCCUGCCUUGGGAGAGGAGGAAGUACUUCCAAAGCCUGCUUGAGGAAGAGGAGCGUCUGCAGAAAGAGUUGAUGUAUGAGACCAAUGGUACUGCCACCGCCCGAAAGCUGCAGGACACUUUUGCCGACUCGUUGCGCUACGUCAACAAACUGCUCAACGGCCAGUUUGGCUUCACGUCCCGUAAAGUCCCGGCACACAUGCCCCACAUGAUCGACAGACUCAUCAUGCAGGAGCUGCAGGACACAUUCCCAGAAGAGUUUGACAAGACAUCAGCUCACCGCGUGCGACACUCAGAGGACAUGCAGUUUGCUUUUUCGUACUUUUACUUCCUGAUGAGCGCUCAGGAGCAACUCAACGUCUCGGAGGUGUUUGACGAGAUCGACACCGACAACUCAGGCGUUUUGUCUGAUCGUGAGAUUCGAACUCUGGCCACGAGGAUCCACGAGCUGCCCCUCAGCCUCCAGGACCUGACGAGUCUCGAGCAGAUGUUAAUAAACUGCUCGAAGACCCUCCCGACUAACCUGACCCAGCUUCACCUUGUCAACCCAACACAGGAGGCCUACUAUGACCCCAGCAUGCCUCCUGUCACAAAAGGCCUCGUCCUCCAUUGCAAGCCAAUCACUGAACGUAUUCACAAAGCCUUCAAGGACCAGAACAAGUACAAGUUUGAGAUCAUGGGUGAGGAGGAGAUAGCUUUCAAAAUGGUGCGAACCAAUGUGUCCCAUGUGGUUGGCCAGUUAGAUGAUAUCAGGAAGAAUCCCAGGAAGUUCAUCUGUCUGAAUGAUAACAUCGACCACAGUCAUAAGGACGCUGCCACAGUCAAAGCUGUGCUGAGAGACUUCUAUGAGUCCAUGUUUCCGCUGCCGUCCCAGUUUGAACUGCCCAGAGAGUACCGCAACAGGUUCCUGCACAUGGAAGAGCUCCAGGAUUGGCGAGUGUACCGGGACAAGCUGAAGUUCUGGACGCACUGUGUCCUUGUGACGCUCGUCGUCUUCACCGUCAUGUCCUUCUUUGCCGAACAGCUGAUUCUACUGAAGCGAAAGCUGUUCCCCAGACGCAGAGCGAACAGGGACAACAACCCAGAGCGGGUGUGAAAGGCGGAAGAGGACGACAAAGACCCUCCCUGUCCUCUCCUUCCUGCCCUUCAACCUCCACCCUCUCUCUCCUGCUCAGUAGAGAGGACAAAUGAGGAUACAGACUGGGUGGAAACGGGAAUCUUGAAGUCCUCAGCCGUGGUGUUGCAUCAGCACAGACGGAGGAUAGAAACUCAUGCGAGACGGCGAUGAAACAUUUUUCUGGCCAGUGAAGGGAGAAGCCUGUCAAUCUUCCUGUCCUCCACAGGGGGCGUCCGAGACUUUAACACAACCCAAACACAAACACAAAACACUCCCUCCGCACUGCACCAUCCCUCUCAUGUCCCACCCUCGCCGUGUCCGUGUGAUUGAUUGAUGAGCUGUUAAAGUGUGAAACACUUGAUAGCACUGCGUCCAGAGGAGCAAGCAAGUUUUAUUGUAAAACUCACUAUGUGUUGUGUCAAGAGCUGAAAAACGAUUAGUCGAUCAACAGAACACAAUCUGCAACUAUUCUGAUAAGCGGUUCAUCUUUUUCAAAUAAAAAUGCUGAUUAUUUUCUGGUACCAGCUUCUCAAAUGUGAGCUGUUAUAACAGAUAAACUGGAAUAUUUCAGGGUUUUGGUAUGUUGAUGGUAUAAAAAAAAGACAUAUGAAGACGUGACGAUGGGCGCAGGGAAAUUGUAAUAUUCUUUCUUUUACAAUUUUGUGGACAAAACGAUUGAUCAGUUAAUUGAGAAAACCGUUACCUGCAUCCCAGUUUGUUCAGCUUUUACUCCUUGGGCUUCAUUUUAAAGAAAUGGAGGGGGGAAUGCAAAUUGAUAAAUAGGACUAAUUAAUUGAAGUAAUUGCUGUCUGUUGUCUUUAAAAAUAUGAAAACUUGAAGUGCCUUCAUUGUUCAUUCCUGCUUGAACCUUUUUGUUUUUCUUUUACUCCUGUUUUUUUUUUUUUUAAAUGUCUAUAAAUGUUGACUCAUACAUAUCACACCCUAAUGUUGUGUUUUACAAUGAGAAUGAAUGGGAUUUAAAAUUAUUGCAUACUUUAUGUGGUACAAAUUUAAUUGAUUGUUGGAGUUAAGUAAUGAUACUGCAGCUUUCAUGGCCGCCUGUAUGUGUAUCCCUGUGGGACUCAACAGGCUCGCUACUGUCUGAAAUUCAGACCCCUCCGCAUGUUAUGUAACUUAUUUUGAUUGUGUUAUUGUGACAGUGAGCCAAGUGACCGAUGCAUUUGAUUUGAAUAUCACAAAAAGCAAACGCAGCCUCACAGCCUCUAAAUGUCAGUUUUUUUCAAUAAGUCAAACAAACAUGGAAGUGACUACUACAGUACCGUCAGCAUUUUGCUGCUGCCCUCUAAGUCAUAUGAUGUGUGAUGUUUGUGGGCUAAGUGGGGAAGACGAGUAAUGGAUUUGGAAAUUGGAUUUCCUCAGAUUGCAUCAGUUUAUGUGGUUCCUCCAGCUGAAAUAAAAUGUGAUUUGGUACACUCA